AUGACAGACAGACAAUCGCCGAGCGACGUGCUCAAUGAAGACGCCGCCAUCCUCGAACAACAAGCCGCUUUGAUCAGAGACGAGGCUGACCUCCUCCUUACAAAGUCCCGCCUCUUACAUCAAGAAUUCCUCAACCUCUACGAUGAAGCCAUAGCCCUUGACCGAGCCUCCAGUCUCAGUGCCGACGCUGCCUUGGGAAUGCGCAGGGUCGCUGCCGAUUGGGAGAAUAGGGCACGAUUGCUUCGCGAAGAUGCGAGGACCAUGGAGAGAGCUAGUGGGAUCGCUGUUGGCGCUAGUCGGGGUACACAAGCUUCAGUCGCAACAUCUCAAUUGAGCCCACUGUUGCUCUCUGAGCAAGCUUCAGAGAUAGCGAAUGACAACCCGACCUCGGCCGCAACGGAUUUGGAUACCGAUGAGAAUGGAGUCCAACACGAUACCAAGUCAAAGAGCCCGGAGCAGGAAGAAGACAAAAGCACCGGGGAAAAUGAAGACGACCAUCUGGACGGCAACGGAGGAGAGCCGGCUUUGGCAUCUGGAGGCAUGCCUGGCAAGGACUGCGACUUUGAGAGCGAGCCGACUACCUGA